UGAACUCUACCGUACUGCUGCCAUGUUGGAUUGAAAGAUCGUUAUUGCUUUAGGAGUUCGGAAUGAAAGUUUAUAUUAUGCAGUCUGUCAAAAGUGAACGAAUUAAAGAAUAAAUAAGCCACAGGAGUAAACGAGUCGCAUCUGCAUCGCCCGCGCAUUGAGGACGACACUACAUCGGCUCUACUUGCAUGCGGAAUUCCUUACGGGAUGAACGGAGCGCAGGCCAUGUUGAUCUGUGAUUGCACAUAAAAUAAUCUAACACGAGACAAACGCUCAAGUUCAUCUGCCUCAUCCGUCAACAUGAGCGGCCACCCGCCCCAGCGGAGGGUGGCAAACGUGGGCUCUCUGCUUCUGACCCCGCAGGAGAACGAGUGUCUGUUCAACUACCUGGGCAGGAAAUGCAUCACAUUGUGCUCAGCAGUGGUCCAGGUGUAUGGGGCAGACAGGAGCUCGUCCUGGAUCAAGAGGUGCUGUGGUGUGGCCUGUCUGGUGAAAGACAACCCUCAGAGGUCUUAUUUUAUCCGUGUCUUUGAUAUCAAGGAUGGAAAAACAAAGUUUGAGCAGGAGCUCUACAAUAAUUUCACGAUCAAUAGUUCGAGAGCCUACUUCAUUACCUUCGCCGGAAAUUCUUGUCAGAUGGGCCUCAACUUUGCCAGUGAAGAGGAAGCCAAACGAUUUCGGAGUGCACUCAACGAGCUGCUCAACAGACGACAGAGGAAAACUGAGAAAAGGCGUGACCCACCAAAUGGACCCGCUCUCCUGAUGGCGACGGUGGACAUCAAGAACCCCGAGAUAAACAACAAACUUAAUGUGUCCCACAUGAAUAACAUGGUGCACAGUGGCCUUAACAAGAAGGAGAAGAAGGUCAAGGGCAAGAGGAAGAAGUUGACGAAGGCUGACAUUGGGACACCAAGCAACUUCCAGCACAUCGGUCAUGUAGGAUGGGAUCCGAACACAGGCUUCGAUUUGAAUAAUUUGGACCCAGAGCUGAAGAACCUGUUUGACAUGUGUGGCAUCUCUGAGGCCCAGCUCAAAGACAAGGAGACGUCUAAGGUCAUCUACGACUUCAUUGAGAAGAAGGGCGGCGUAGAGGCUGUGAAGAAUGAGCUGAGGAGACAAGGUGAGACUGAUCGCUGUCAGACUCAACACCUGCGAUUUGUGGCCUCAUCAUAUUCACAUGUCUGUCCACCAACCAUCCGCUGUCAGAAAGUCAGGCCUGAAUCGACAAAACUAGCCGUCCUCCCAGGUGGUGCGAGAAAGUCCAUGCCACCUCCCCCACCACCACCACCUCCAUCCGGAGGAGCCGCCCCGCCUCCACCUCCUCCUCCACCACCUCCUCCUGGACCUCCUCCACCCCCUGAUAUGGACGGAGGCCACAGUGAAUCAACGCCCUCGCCCAUGGGCGGGAAGUCAGCUCUGCUGGAGCAAAUCAGAGAGGGCGCUCCGUUAAAGAAAGUGGAGCAAAACAACAGGCCAGUGUCGUCCACAGGACGGGACGCGCUACUCGACCAGAUCCGACAGGGCAUCCAGCUCAAAACGGUAUCAGAUAAUGACUCAGGACCACCCACCCCUGCUCAGUCAGCAGGCAUUGUUGGAGCUCUGAUGGAGGUGAUGCAAAAGAGGAGCAAAGCCAUCCACUCCUCAGAUGAAGAUGAGGAUGAUGACGAUGAUGAAGACUUUGAGGAUGAUGACGAAUGGGAUGAUUAAUCCCGCAACACUAAGCCCACCCAGUAGAGUAAAUGAUACUAAAUUCUCACUUCCCCAAAUUUUACGCUCAUUCUGUUUUUGUUUUUUUCAAAUCGCUGUAUAUUUUUGUUGCCUUUUUGCUUUUUGUUUUUUUUAAUAAUCUGUGCAAUACCUCAUGUAAUCUGUAAAGUAUUGUCAUUUAUCCUCUGUAAAAUAAUCUCCUGGAAUAACCAUGUGAAGUUUUAUGCCAGGAUUCAUGAUUUGUUGACCUGAAUGUUUUUGUUCCCCUGUGAGUGGGGAAAGGGAGAUGGACGGGACGCUCGAUGUCCUAAUUAAUUGUUGAUUAAUGAUUUAGAUAACACUAUUUUCAUACCCUACUUUUCUGUACCUUCAAUUUUCUUAUUCAAAUCCUAGUUUAGCAUUCUUAGAUUUGGUAAGCGGUUCUCCUAUCAGAAUAUGUAUGCCCCCUUUAUUGUUUCCCUUGUAAAUGUACACCAGGCUGAUAUAUUGAGGCUAUAUAUAUUUUUGCACGAAUAAGAAAAAGAAAUUCACUACAGGAUGAGAACACAUUGGCUGAACACGUUAAAUAUGAUUUCUGUGGUAAUCACGAUCAGCGUCACACUACAUUGCACGUCACAGAGUAGACAGUUCUUUCAGAGUUUUUGAUUUCACUUUAUUAACAACAAAAUAAUAUACGGUAGAUUCAAACUGGCAAAUUUGUGAGUACAGCUUGCUCCUGAAUGUGAAAAACCAUCAAUUCACAAAUAUAGAAUUUCAGUCAUAUCAAGAAAAAAAGAAGAAAAAAAAAAAGAAAAAAAGCACUUCACAAAAAAAAAAAAAAUUUAACUUCCAUUUGUUAGACGCUUUUACAGGUCAAUGCUUGACUGACAACUACAUUUAAGGCAAUGGAAAAAAAACAACAACAAACCUUUGUGUACAGUUAAUGCUGGUUUAACAGUAUUGUCUGUCUGAACUGAAUUUGCUGUCCUUGUAUUAUAAGGAUAGUGCUGAAAAAUUGUAUAAUUGAUAUCAAAUCUUACAAGAAAAUGUGGAAUGAAAACACUAAAUUCUAUACUUAAAUAAAUGGUAUUAUUUACAAA